UUCGCUUCCCCGCUUGCUCCCGGCAGCCCGCGCGGUUCCGUACGGCAACAUGGCGGCGGCGCUGGUGCAAUACGUGGUGCUCCGCGGGGAUCUGGCGCGGCCUCCCCGCUCGUGGCCGCUCGGUGCCGUGGUGGCUCAGGGCUGUCACGCCGCGCUGGCCGCAGUUCACGGUUACCGGGAGCAUCCCGACACCGGCGCGUACCUGGAGCAGGGCGACGCCAUGACAACCGUGGUGCUGGAGGCUCCGGAUGAGAAUUCCCUGCUGGAUUUGGCGAAGUUGCUGAAGGAAAAAGGUGUUGACCACAAGGUUUGGAUGGAAAAUCCCGAGGGAAUUCCCACUUGCCUGGCGCUCCGACCUUAUCCCAAAAAUCUGGUGCAGCCUCACCUCAGGAAUUUCAAGCUCCUCAAAUGAUUCCAUCUGGAAUUUUCCAGCAGCUGCUGGAGGAGGCUCUUCCCUUGUCCCGGCGGAGGAGGAGGAGGAGGAGGAGGAUUUUUGGGAUUGGCCAACGGAGCCGGCGCGUUGAGGUAGGGAUCUCCCACCAGAUUCACCGUGCACUGGACGUCGGCGAACACCUGGACCUGCUGCACCUGGGGUGGAUCCCCAAAAACACCAAAAAAAAAAAAAAAAACCAAAAAAAAAGAAAAAAAAAAAAAAAAGGGAUUUAGCGGAUCCGGGGAAGGGGCGGGAGCGGGAUCUGGGAUGUCUACGUCAAGCUGGAAACUCACUAGAGAACUUCUCCUCUAGUCUGGAGCCACCCCAGAGAAGAACUCUUCGGUCUUCGCGUCCUACGGAAAGAAAAGCGCUGCGGCUCAGUCGGCUCCGCGGGGACAAAAAAUGUGGGAUUGCGGCAGGAAAAACGGCUCCAGGAGGGGUGGGUGGGGUUUGGAGGCAUCUCAGAGGGUUUGGGGGAUGGGUGGAGGUGGAGCCAUCCAGGAGUUUUGUGGAUUGGGAGGUUCCUGAAGGAUGGUGGGAGUGGAUCCAGGAAAAAAAUUGGGAUUUUGGUCGAACAAUGGCUUGGAAUGGAGCUGGGAUGGGUUUGGAGGCAUCUCAGGGGGUUUGAGGGAUGGGUGGAGGUGGAGCCAUCCUGGAGUUUUGUGGAUUGGAGGCUCCCAGUGGCUCCAGGCGUUGAUCCCGGAAAAAAAAUUGGGAUUGUGGUGGAAAAACGGCUCCUGAAUGGAGCUGGGAUGGGCUUGGAGACAUCUCAGAGGGUUUGAGGGAUGGGUGGAGGUGGAGCCAUCCUGGAUUUCUGUGGAUUGGGAGGGUCCUGAUGGAUGGCAGGCACUGAUCCAAGAAAAAAAUUGGGAUUUUGGUGGAAAAACGGCUCCAGAAGGGGCUGGGAUGGGUCUGGAGGCAUCUCAGGAGGUUUGGGGGAUGGGUGGAGGUGGAGCCAUCCAGGAUUUCUGUGGAUUGGGAGGUUCCUGAAGGAUGGCAGGCGUUGAUCCAAGAAAAAAAUUGGGAUUGUGGUGGAAAAA